UGCCAGCCCCCGUGCCCGUCCUGGAGCCCCCUCCGUUUCAGCCCCCCUCCCCCCACCGCUCCGUCCCUCUUGUGUUUUGCAUGCCGAGAACCUUGCAUGAGCUGCACUGUUGAGGCCAGAAGGUGGACACUCAGGAGAGGCAGAGGCAGGGCAGGCGCGGGGAACCGUGUGUGCGAUGCUCCGGGACUGGCAGCCCCCGGCCUGGGCCCGGUGAAAGCCCCCUCUCCUUCUCUCCCCCCCCCACCCCACCCGCCCGCUCUCUCACCCUCGACCUCGCUCCUUCUCUUGGCCUGUCCUCUCUCUGUCUCUCCUCUGCUCUCUCUCCCCGCCGUCUCCGCCUUUUCUCUCUGCUUCUCUAACUUCCCCUGCUCCUUCGCCUCCUCCUCCUCCGCCUCCGCCUCUCUCUCUGCUCUGGACUCUCUCGACCUCCUCGGUUUCCUCUGUCUCUGCGGGCGUCUCUUCCGCCCCGUCUCUGUCUGCGCCCCCGUCCCCUCCACCCCCCUCCGUGCCCUCUCUGCCUCUCUCCCCGUCAGAAGCCCAGCUCGCCCUCGCCCAGGGCCCGCGACCAGGCGGAGGCCGGCGCAGCCACGCCGCCCGCGCGGGGCAAGGAGAGCCCGAGCCCGCGCUCGGCUCCGUCGUCGCAGGGCAGAGGAGGCCGCGCGGCGGGCGGGACGGCCAGGCGGAGGCGGCGGCGACGGCGGCGGCGGCGCUCCCGGUCCUCGGCGUCCGCGCCCCGCCGCAGGGGCCGCCGGCGCGCCCGGCCCGCGCCGCCCCGGGGUUCGUCGCGCUCGCUCAGCAGGGCCCGCUCCAGCAGCGACUCCGGCGGCGGCGGCGGCGGCGGCGCCCCCGGCCCCGGGCCCGAGCCCGGCUCCGAGCGAGGCCACGGCGCGCACGGGAAACGGACCAAGGAGCGGCCCCCGCGCGCUCGGCCGGCCAGCACCUCCCCGUCCCCGGGCGCGCACGGCAGGCACGGCGGCCCGGAGGGGAAGAGCUCGUCGCGCAGCCCGGGCCCCCACCCGCGCUCGUGGAGCUCCAGCCGCUCGCCCUCCAAGUCCCGCUCGCGCUCCGCGGAGAAGAGGACCCGCAGCCCCAGCCGCUCGCCGUCGCCCAAGAAAACCCUGGGCCGGGACAAGGACGGCGAAGGCCGCGCGAGGCACGCCGAGGCCGAGGCCGCCCGCGCCCGGCGCCGCUCCCGCAGCUACUCGCCCAUCCGCAAGCGGCGCCGGGACUCGCCCAGCUUCAUGGAGCCGCGGCGCAUCACCAGGUCCAGCCUGCCGAGUGGCCUGUGGCCGGCCUGGGGGCCGAGGGGACCCCCUCCCCACAGGCUGCAGGGGAGAUGCCCAUUGCCCGAAAGCGUCCCAUCCCCUACUACCGGCCCAGCCCCUCGUCCUCCUCCAGCUGCCUGAGCAGCGACUACUCAAGCCGGAGCCCCAGCCGCAGCCCCAGUCCCGGUCACAGCCACGGAAGCUACAGCAGCCGCAGCCGCGGGACCCGCAGCCGCACGCGCAGCCCCUCCCGGACCCCCAGUCCCAGCUACCACAGCCGGAGCAGCUCAGAGAGUGGGGGCUUCUGAGCCCGGACAGACCCAGCUUGGUGCCCCCUGGCAUAGGGAGAGGCAAGGGGUCAGGCCCCAGGACCCGUGAGGGGGCCUGCACCCCACUGCUACAAGGGGGUCCCCGGGCCAGGGAAGACCUUGAGUGUGGGCGCCCUGCAGACAAGGAGGAGCUGGGUUCUGCUGCUUCUAGAGGGUCCCCACCCCCACCUCCUGCCUGCCCACCGUGUCCAGGGAACAAAGAGCCGUUGCGAACACAGGGAUCGCCCUGUCCCCCUUCCUGCUUGAUGCCAGCUCACCAGGCUGGGGACAGCUCGGUGGACCCAGGGACACCUCGGAAGGUGCCAGACCUGGAAGCCUCCCGCACCCACUCCACUGGGCCCUCGGCUCCUUUCUAUCAACGCGCAGACGAGGAGGUGGGAUGGCAGGCAGGAUCUAAGUUAGAGGGAAGGAAGAACGACCUAACCCUUGGUGCAUCACCAUCCAAGCUGGGGAGCGGCUUCCUUCUGAGCUGGCUGCAGGAUCCUGGCUGAUGGCUGGAGGCUGGCCCCACAGCCUCCCCUGACCCCUCCCCUGGCCCAGGAGGACCCAGACUAGGUGGGCCCCUAAGCCCCAGCCUGAGGAGCCGGGGAGCUUACUCUUGGUCCCACCUCUCCCUUCCAGGCCAGGCUCUCCCCUUCGGCCCUCACCCCAUGCGCCCGGGGCCAAGGCCGCAGCAGCAGCCAGGCCUUCUGCAUGACAAGAGAUGGGAAGUCUAGACAGACUAUGCUGCAUCCGAGCCUGACAUCAAAAGGGGUUCAGGUCAGAAGGUGAAGAGAGAAGAGGUAGAUGGAAGAGAGCCUGUGAGGAGUGGGAGAAGGCAACGCAGUCCGAUGACCGAGCAAGCCCUGGUGUCCCAGUGUGCCCUGUGUCUGGGACAUGGGCCAGAUGGCAGCACAGGGUCGCAGGUAUAGGAUAACAGGCACUUCGGGGCCUGCCCGAGGGAGUGCUUCCUUCUCGGGAUUUGGUGGGGAGGUAGUCAGUGGAGGCUACCCAGAGAGGGGUGCUACAGCAAAGGGUAAGAUCUAGAUGCAGGGCCUCGGCCGGGGACCUCGAGUGGCACCCCCCCACCCCCAGCCCUCUUCUGCUGCUCCCAGCCCACUCCUCCUGGGGCCCUCAGGGAUCUCACAAAGUCUUCCUUGGCCCAACAGGGCAUCUGCCCUGGGCUCCCACAGGGGGGAGGGGUCUGGGGUCUGGUCCGGGUUCCCCCUCUCUCUAUUUUCCCCUCCCUCUUUCUCCGCGGUGCGGAUAAAAAUUGGACUCUAAUAAACACUCGGUGCCCGGAUGGCAGGUGGUGA